UGACUUUCAUUAAAAGUACAAAAGGCAAAGCCGCAAGUCCAACUCAAAAUAUCUCAAGUCUCAGCUGAGCUGACCGAAAGCUGACCGGAGACAAUGAGCAAUAAACCGUUGAACACUCUCCGGCCAACCGAAACCCUAGAAUUGGAAAGCGGACUCUCUCUAGUCCCCCGCAUUAAGCUUCUCUUAACAAUCUACCGCGCCGACAAGUCUGUUUCUCCGAUCGACGAAUGGAAGUUCAAGCGAUCACUGAUCGAUUACAUAAAAUCCUCAUUCUCCAUCACUGUUCCUGAAGAAGACCUCGAAAUCCGGAGAUUCAAAGACCUCAACAAGCGGAAGCGCGAGGAACCGGUGGCUCGUGGCCGCCUUUUUGUUCAUGACUUAGGGUUUCUGUUGAAGGUGAUUGGUGAAACUGAGGAUGAUGUGGAGAGAGCUGAUAAGAAGUUUCUGGAAUGGAGGAGAGGGUUUGUGGAAAAGUUGGAUGGAAUUGAGUUGAGUUUGGAAGGUACUAAGUUUAAACUGGAUGUAGCUGUGCCGGUGUCUGAUGAUUUUGGAGGAAUGCGCAAGAAGUGGGAAGAGAUUAUUGCUUUUGGUGCUCGUGGAUAUCAGAGGAGUGGAAGGAUGCAGCCAGAUACAAUCGUGUUGAAAGGUAUGCCAUCACGAUGGUUCGCAGAGACGAGGGUCUCAUCCAAGCCCUCAAUGCUGGUUACUCACACAAUAUUUUCUGCACUUGGAAAGAUAAGGAAUCUUCAUGUUGCUGAGGAUAAUAGUAUAGGUGACAAUGCAGAUGAAGGAGACAUUGUUUCUGGUCUUCAUUGUAAGAUUGUGGUGCGGUUUGAGAAGCACAAUGACUUGUGUGACGCCUUGAAGGUUUUGUGUAGUCGCUCAUUGCAAAAGCAAGGAUCACGACUCAGAGCUGAUUAUGACGUGACUUGGGAUAAGGUUGGAUUCUUCCAAGAUGCUAGACAUCAAAUAGAAGAAAGAAAGAGAAUGCCAGCAAGAGGAGUGGAAGAAAGAGAUGAAGUUCAUAGACAUCACUCGCGAGUCUCUCAAUUUAGUUCUGAGGAAGGACGGCGAAAGAGAUUCAAGGAAUAGGGGCAGGACCUUUACGUUCACCUUUGGAGAAUUCCCCUGAUUUAAGCAGAGACCUGAAGAUGAUAUGUAGUUUUUAAAGGGUCAAGACAUGAUAAAUUAUCUGAUUCUAUUAUGUGGCUCCAUUUUAACAGGUAAACGUUCCUUCUACAGAGUCCAAGCUGUACCUUCUCCUUUAUUAAAACACUGGUCAACUUAAUUUAUUCUUCGAAAAAGCUCUCAAGCAAUUGGCAACCCACAUGCCCGUCCCUGUUGCUUUGCUAUGAACAUGUCAACCGUUAUAAUUCUAUAGACUUCUGCUAUACUGCCACCUUAAAAA